UAAGACUCCUUUCCCGAUCUCCAUGAUUCCAAGCUCGAGCCAUGGCUCACUUCUUCUUCCUCCUCCUCUUCUUCUUCUUAUUCUUCUUCUCUUCCGCUUCUGGGGACGCCAAUCCGUCUUCGCCUAACGAUCCUUUCUCUGCUGGCGUUGAGUUGAACAUCGACUGCGGAGGCACCGCUAACUUCACGUCGGAGUUCGGGCGCUCCUGGGUGGCGGAUCUCUACUACUCUGGCGGCGCCGCCGGGCUGGUGGCGGAACCCCACCGGUUCCAGCUGCCGCAGGAGCGAACUCUCCGUUUUUUCCCCCCGGUUUCCUACGGCAAGAAGAACUGCUACGCUGUUCCCCUUCCCAAUGGACGCUAUUAUAUUCGCACCUUCACCGUCUACGACAACUACGAUUCCAAGCUGCGGAGCCCUAGCUUCGACGUCUCCUUCGAGGGCACGCUCGUAUUCAUCUGGCGCUCCCCAUGGCUGGAGGCCGCUGCCCGCUCCGGCGCAUACUCCGAUUUCAUUGCCGCUGUCCCCGACGGCACCGCCACCCUCUGCUUCUACAGCAUCGCCACCGACCCUCCUGUCAUUGCCUCCAUUGAGAUCGCGGCCGUCCACUUACUCGCCUAUGAUGCUGCCUCCACCGGAACAGAUCUCAUCCUCAUCAAUUAUGGUCGCCUCACCGCUGGCUCCUCCCUCUUCGGUCCUGGAUUCACUAACGACUCCGACGCCUUUUCCCGGGUCUGGCAACCUGACGCUACGUACCGAAACCCCAAUGUCUCAGUCAAGGCGCUGUCCUCUGGGGGACACCAAAUACUCGGCGCCAAUCAGGCCCCAAAUUUCUUUCCCGUCAAGCUGUACGAGACAGCCAUCACAACCGUCAACACUGGGGACGCUUUAGAAUACUUGCUGCCGGUGGACACGCGGUUAGAUUACAUGCUCUGGUUUCACUUUGCGGAGAUAGAUUCAGGGGUGAAUGCUGCAGCACAGAGAGUAUUCGAUGUAUUGAUCGGCCAAGAGAACGUGACGAGAAUCGACAUCUACAAGGAGGUGAGAGGGUUCACCGCCUUCAAAUGGAGUUACAUAGUGCAUAACUUGACAAGUAAGAUCCUAAGUGUUAAGCUGGUGCCGGUGGCGGGAAAGCCAAUUAUUUGUGGACUUGAGAACUACGCCAUGGUGCCCUUGGACAUGGCCACGGUGCCAAGUCAAGUGUUGGCGAUGCAAGCACUGAAGGAAUCAUUGCGGAUACCAGAUAGGAUGGGCUGGAAUGGAGACCCGUGCGCACCUUCCACAUGGGAUACUUGGGAGGGUGUCACUUGCCAUCGCAGUGAUAAUGGACAGAAUCUUGUUGUCACUCAAUUGGAUUUAGGAAGUCAAGGCUUGAAAGGGUAUAUUAGUGAUAAAAUAAGUCUCUUAACAAACUUGGUAAACUUAAACUUGAGCUCUAAUUCCUUGGAAGGAAGUUUGCCGACAGAUUUUGGUCUUGUAUCCCUAGUAAGCUUGGAUCUGUCUUCAAAUUUGCUUACAGGUAGUAUUCCAGAUAGCUUGGGUUCCUCAAACUCGCAAAUUGUAUUAUUAAACAACAAUCAACUGGAUGGACAAGUUCCUGAGAAAGUUUAUUCAAUUGGUGUACAUGGUGGAAUCAUAGACCUUUCAGGCAACAAAGGUCUUUGUGGUGUCCCUACGUUACCUGCUUGCCCUUUAUUUUGGGACAAAGGUGGUCUUUCAUUAGCUGGGAAGAUUUCAAUUGGCCUAUCAUGCCUUUUUAUUCUCAUCGUGCUUCUCGUAAUUUACUUUUUCUGCAUAAGGAGGGGAAGCAGUGAUUAUGAUUUCGAGUUUCCUCAAGACUUAAUAUCAAUUGCAGCUAAAAGAAACAGGUACCAAAGACAGAAGCUUAUGCUUGUAGAGCUGGAAGAAGCAUCAAACUCAACAGGUUUUCCAAGCACCUCAAACACUCAUUAGCAAACUCCUAACAUGAGAAAAGACUGCUUUGUUUUCUCGAUUUGAGCGACCAAAUCAGAUGGUCAAUUGUGUCCCAAACGUUAUUUGAAGGUAGCAGAUACGGAGUUCAAAUCAUUUGAGCCAUGUAGUCUUUUUUGUUCAUCAGAAAGCCAACUUGCUUGAAGUUACCAACGAAGCAUGUAUCUUAUAAGAUAUGAAGGUGGAAGAGGUCAAAUAUGUUGUGUAGCAUAUGAAUCUGUUAGGAAUCAUAGGAUUAGAUAAAUUUUAGCAUUUGGUCUUAAAUGAUAUAUAGAUGGGUUGAUUCGUGAAUGUAAACAAGAUAAGGCCUGGUGACUAUGGAUUCUACAUUUUUUAUGUACUGGUGCGACUUUGAUAUGCUCCCUGUAAAAUUUACGAAUGUUGAUUGUAUUGACAAAUUAACAAUAAUGAAUGCCAUUCUCACGAA